UUCACAGGUACACUACAACUCCCAUGACCGCCACAUACCCGGAAGAAACUACAAUACAGCACGCGCUGUGCGUCUCACAUGCUAGCUCGCUAGUCGGUAAAGUGUAAAGAAGACAAAACUACAUUUCAAGCAGAAUUUCUUGGCAAUAAUUGAGAAAAUGUCUGCUGCUAAAGUGAAAAUGCGACAGAAGAAAAUGAGAAACCAACCCACCAACGUACAGUAUUCUUCGUCGCCUGCGGAUGUGCGGGGAAGAACACAGUCCAACGGUGGAGAUGGUGGUGGACCUUCUGGCAAAAAUCCACCUUCAGAAAGAAAUAAGAGCAGUCGCCAACAGGGUGGUUGGGUCCGUGGACACCAGAAAGAUGGUGGAAUCUAUUCUGACAAGAUGCCGCAGCAUAUUACUGCUGGGCUCUUUGCUCAGGCGAGGGCAGCAGAAGUAAGUGCAAUGCUAAAAGCUGUUACCAAGACAACCGGCAGCUGUAAUGUAUUUGGAGCCCUGCCGAGGCACAUGAGGAGACGAGCAAUGAGCCACAACACCAAACGCCUUCCUUGCAGGCUGAGAGAGAUGGCCAACAGAAUGCGAGAGAAGUGCUUGCAGGCCAGCUCAAAAGGGAAGAAGGAGCAGAAUAAAACCAAGAGCCGCAAAGCUCGCCGCCGUCACGGAAAUCUGCUUUUGGAGUUCAAUAGGCGGCAGAGAAAGAAUGUUUGGCUGGAGACGCACAUCUGGCAUGCCAAGCGUUUCCACAUGGUGAAAAAGUGGGGCUACUGCCUUGGAGAUAGACCAACGUUAAAAUGCUACCGCCCCUGCUACCGAGCCAUGAGUAGCCAUUGUCUACUGCAGGACCUUUCAUACUAUUGCUGCAUAGAGAUCCAGGGAGAGGAAGACAAACUACUGGAGUGUUUGUCACACAUGACCAGCAAGGAGGCCGGUCCGACAUUUGCUCAACGAUUGUGUCUGUCAGGACAAAGACAGGGCAGCGUGGUGGUGUAUCGGGCAGGUCAGUUCCCCUCACAGCCCCUGGGCCCUGUUACAUUCUUGUGGAGAACCCGUGAACAGGGCUCAACUCAUAGGCAGCUGUGGAUCUGGGCUCAUCCCACUCUUAAAACGGACAUCCUGCCCGAGUUGCAAAGUGUGUGCCAGUGUAAUGAGGCUGUGAUUCCGCCGCCGCCUUUGCUGCAAGAGACGGAUACAGAUGUUGUCCCCCCCAUCGAAGCUGGAAAAAACCCAGAAAUCCAACAUGUACCUGGAACUAAAAGAAAGCGAAGUCGUCAGGAUAGGAGUGGACCUCCUGCUAAAAAGAUCCUUGGUGACGGAACCAGACCACCCAACACCCCUGUUACUUGGAAAUCCAGUUCUACUGGAAUAGUGAUAAAUGAUCUCACUAUGGAGAUUGUACGAUAUCGACUGAUUGGACCUCAUUCUCAUUCUGUGCUCACCGAUACUUUGGAAGCUGCUACAGAUUGUGAUGAAUUGAGCAAAUCCCAGCCUUCAUGCCUCUGGUGGCCUGACCACUGCAAGGAUAAGAGCAAGAUGCUUCUGCAUCAGCAACAAACUGAUGUCUUUCUCACACUAAAAGACAUCUACUCGACUACAGAGCUGCCCCCAGGCACAGUGCUGGGGCUGACAGUUGAUGACCCCAGGCUGGCGAUGCCAACAAAGAGGGUUAAAGCGUUGCCGUGUGUGAAGGAAGCACAAGGGGUGAAUGAGGAGAAGAUAAAAGAACUGUCCUUGCGUGGCGUGCCAGAACACUGUUGUCAGAGUUACUUGUGGGAACAGUCUGUGCGCAACAAUGUCACUGAUAAUAAAAUUUCAGAACAGGAGCUGAACCGCAUGAGAAGUGACGUCCUCGUACCGGGUUCCAGGCUUACUCCCACUCCACUGCAGGGUCGAAUCCCCAUCCUGCUGGUGCACCAGCCUGGCAAGCAGGUGGGACAUGAGAUGAACUCCUGGGGCGCUGGAUGGGACGUGCUGCUUCCGAAAGGCUGGGGCAUGGCUUUCUGGAUCCCACUGGUGUACCGAGGUGUUCGCAUUGGUGGACUAAAAAUGAGUCUGACACACUCUCAGAAUAAAGGUGCUCCCCACUUCCCUCAUGACUACCCAGACUGCCCUGCAGGAGCUCGAUUUCAAGACGAGCAGGAGUCGGUGCUGCUUGAAAAGUUUAAAAGAUGCCCGCCUGCCAAAAGAACCAAUUACAUUAAACAUGGCUGCCUGGCUCCGUUCUGUUGCCCUUGGCAACAGCUGGCUGAGGAGUGGGAUCUUACUGGAAGUGAGGCGGCGGAGAGACAAGGAGACACUCGGACUGAAAGCACAUCGGUGAUGCAGUCGGCGAUGACAUCACAUCAAGACGCUGCUGUGGCAAAGCCUGCGACGCACUUCACAGUUCUCAGAAACAUAAAGUCAUUGAGGCUGCUCUCCAGUUGGUGCAGACCCACUUCUUCUAAAGGUCAGAGGUUAUACCAUGUCAGGGAAAUGCUGCCUCUAAACCAUGCGGCCAGGGUGGCUUUCCUAACAAGUCACAAGAUGAAUCUGGUUUGGGUACGCCUGUCACUGUUAUUGAAGGGCAAACCAGACCUCCACGCCAUGGUCUGUGUGCCCACAGUGGAGGACCUGAAGCUGCUGAACAAAGGGCCAGGCAGCAGUGGGCCUCAGGAGCCCCUCCACCGGGACACCUUGAAAAAUACAAUCAAACGUAGCAAAAAGGGAAGCAAGAAAACUCUUGUACAGCGUCAGUCUACUGAUACGACCGAGGGUAAACACGUUCCUUCUGAUAAAGACUCUGAUUUUGUGUUGGGAGUGUGGCCAAAUCCCCUGCCGAGCGUCACGUCUCACUGCUCCCGAGUGACUCUCGGCUGGGUCACUCAGGCCGACUUCUCGCUGUCGGCAGGCUGUGGGGAGGCUCUGGGUUUUGUGAGCGUCACCGGUCUCAUUCACACCCUCGUCAGUCAGCCGCCGGAACACAGGGGAAUUGUGCUGCUUCGCAACCCGACGUCUCUCCACUAUCGUUUUGCCAAAAUCAACAUAGAGGUUUGAAGUUCAUGCAGAAGAGAACUUUUUUUGUUGUUGCAUGCUAAGGGAUGGUAUGAAGCAGGUGCCGCAUUUUAGUGGGAAAAUACUUCAUCAAUGCUUGAAAGUGAUAGAAACGGUUUGAAAUUAAACUGAUUCAAAAGCAGCAAUUUUGGCACCAAUAUCAAAUAAAUCAACACAAUACCAGGCCCUAAUAUGCUUUCUUUGUACAGAAACCCUGGAACAUAAAAUUAAAUUAAUUUUGAGCGGGGGGACUUACAUUUGUUAGACACUCGAGAAUUGAGCCCAACCUGAAAUUGCUUUCUUUGGAUGUAUUCAGUGUCUUUUGAGUAUCUUGAAAAACGCCAUGUAACUCCAAACUAUUAUUUUUAUGAAAUAAAUGGAUUUCAAAUGCAUCUGCAUCCAGACUGUCACAGAGUUUGAUUGAAUUGGAUCCAUUUCAGAUAACAUUUUUUUUGACUUGAGGGUAUUAAAAGUUGAGUAAGAGAGUAAGAUGAUUACCAUCACCUUCACCAAGCUCUCGCCUCUAAACGCCAAAUUAAACAACACAGGCAGUUUAAGAUCAGGCACUGAACUCAACACUUUAACAUUGAAUCUUGAGUUCCUUAAUGUGUGGGUGGUAGGUAAGUUUGGUUGCUUGGCAACCCCUAAGUUUAGAUGCCGCUUUGUGGUUUAUAUGAGGUGAAGUGCGAUGUACAUACACUAUUGCAUAUGUAGAAGGGCUUUUAAAUAAUCCACCUCAACCACGAGCAUGAUGAUUCCAUUCAUCCCU